CCAUCCGGUGUGACUCGCCCACUCCAACGUCAACCGCUUCUCUCUCCGACGCAGCCCCAUGUCCUCCGAGCAGGCGCCGGCUGUUCCGUCGCCGGCGACGAGCGAGUCGACUCCGUGACCGGCGAUCGUGUUUCCGGUCGUCUCCGUUUCGUCGACGAUCACCAGGUUUUGACGUGGAUUCGGACGUCGCCGGUUCGCGCGCAUACUCGUGGAUAGAAGGAAGGAAGGAAGCAAGGAACGAAGGCUUUGCAGCAGCGGGGACGACAGCUGGAGUGGUAUCGCAUGAUGCUGUUUCCUCAUUAGACUUGGAGAAGCGAAAUGGAUAACAGUUUAUGGAUGGCCAAAGGUGCUGAAAGAGGUCCAACAUUUGAUAACCCCUCCAGAAUUGAAACAAAACGGACUCAUCGAUGGUUAGCAGAUUCUGGCGAGGCGGAUUUUUUCUCUAGCAAGAAGCAUGCAGGACAAUCUCCAAGUGCCCAGUCAAUUUCCAGAAUUUCACAUUCCAACAUUCCUGCAUGGGAGAGUCUAGCCAGUUUUCAGCCGACAUCCAACCAAUUUGUUGACAGGUUGUUUGGAUCCGAAACUACAAGGCCUGUUGACUUCACUGAAAGGAGUAUUUCUCUUGUAGAAGCAGGUGGGGCAAAUUUGAGUGAAAAGGAUUCAGAGGAUCAGUAUGAGGAUGACAUAUCUGUAGGUUUGUCCAUAUCUCAAUCCACGGAGGACCCAGAGAUGUGUCUCAGCUACAAUGGAAUUGGAAAAGUUAAGGCCAAUCGGUUUAAGGAUUCUGAAACUGGAAUCUACAGUCUGAAGAUGAAUAGCUUUGACAGGGAAAAUCAUAUUGAUAUGCAUAGUGCUCUGGCUUAUGACAGACAAAACGACAUGGUCAUUAUACCAGUGGGACAGGACUACAAUAAGGACAUCGAGAAUGUCAAUUUAAUGAGGCACACAUAUGAGGAAUGUGGUCAAAUCAAAUCAAGGGACUUUGCAUAUUACAAGGAAGAUCCUACUGCUGUCUCCGUAGCUGAUGCAUAUAAGGAGGAAGGCAACAUUAUCUCCUUUGAUGGUUUUAAUGAUGAACGGGACAUUAUCCCUGUAGGAAGAUCAGUUGGUGGCUUAGAUGAGCCAGACAGUCAAUCUUCACUUCAAAUAUCAAAAGAAGAUGGUAGGAAGCAGGUGGCCACUUCAAAUGCGAAUGUCAUGAGGGUGGUCAAGUCUAGAAGUGAUUUUGUUUCCAAGAAUAAGCCAGAGUCAAAACCAUCUAGAAAAGAAGCCCCUAAUAGCUUCCCUUCAAAUGUCAGAAGCCUGAUAUCUACUGGCAUGCUUGACGGCAUCCCAGUAAAGUAUGUUUCUGUGUCAUGUGAGGAGCUUCGGGGAAUCAUAAAGGAUUCUGGCUAUCUUUGUGGCUGUCAAUCAUGCAAUUAUUCGAAGGUGCUUAAUGCAUAUGAAUUCGAGCGACAUGCCGGUUGCAAGACAAAGCAUCCAAACAAUCAUAUAUACUUUGAGAAUGGGAAGACCAUCUAUCAAAUAGUUCAAGAACUACGGAGCACUCCUGAGAGCUUGCUGUUUGAUACAAUUCAGACUGUGUUUGGUGCACCAAUUAAUCAGAAAUCUUUUCGCAUCUGGAAAGAAUCUUACCAAGCCGCAACUCGUGAGCUUCAACGAAUUUAUGGGAAGGAAGAGUUGAAACUGCGAAAGGAGACUCCUAUGUGAGUCUCGAGGAAGUCUACUUGUAAUAUAGUGCAAUCUGGAUGCGGCCCUUGUGCAUAAAGUAUGUCAAACUCCAGUAAUUCUGUGCCUUUUUGUUAUUUUUCUCCAUUAGUUUCCCCUUUUCUUUUCAAUUUGUAGAUUGUAUAAAUAUUAGCUUCUUCUGUUGUGAAACGACAUUAAGCUACUUGCAAGUGAAGGUAUGUAAAUUGUUUUGAUAACGAAAACCUUUGGACAAGUCUUUAUGGUGUAACCUUUCAUUUCUGCAAAUUAAUGAUGACAUCAGCCUGUGCGGAAA